CCACCCGUGGCAUGGCACCACACGCGUUGGCUUCACCAAUCUUUUGAAAAUUCGCGGUCCAACAACGAAGGCAGUUUUUCUCCGUUUCGCUUUCCAGCUUCGCGUGGAUUUCUUCUCCAGAUUAUUCCUCUGUUUUUGUUGCUUCUGCUCCAAGUUUGAUUCCUUAAUCCGGUUAUAUUAUCUUGCGAACUUGAAGUUCUUGGCGGUUCCGGCGGCGGACGGUGAUCGUAGGGUCAAAAUUUUGGUACAGUGGUCCUGUUUUUGUUGGUUGCGGUGGGGAAAGUUGAGUUAGUGAUGGCGACGAUGGAGAGUUUGAUUGGACUGGUAAACAGGAUACAGCAGGCCUGCACCGCCCUCGGAGACUACGGUGGCGACGACGACAAGGCUUUUUCUUCUUUAUGGGAUGCUUUACCCUCCGUCGCCGUUGUUGGUGGCCAGAGUUCAGGAAAGUCUUCAGUGUUGGAGAGCAUUGUAGGACGUGAUUUUCUGCCUCGAGGAUCUGGGAUUGUUACAAGGCGGCCAUUGGUGUUGCAACUGCAGCAAACUGAGGAAGGGCAAAAGGAAUAUGCAGAGUUUGGGCACUUGUCUGGAAGGCAUUUCACUGAUUUCUCUUUGGUUCGCAAGGAGAUUGAGGAUGAAACCGAUAGAAUAACAGGGAAGUCGAGACAAAUUUCUCCAGUUCCUAUUCAUUUAAGCAUCUAUUCACCCCAUGUUGUCAACCUAACUCUGAUUGAUCUUCCUGGUUUGACAAAAGUUGCUGUUGAGGGGCAACAAGAAAGUAUAGUCCAAGACAUUGAAAAUAUGGUUCGCGCUUUCGUUGAAAAGCCCAAUUGUAUCAUUUUGGCAAUAUCUCCAGCCAACCAAGAUAUUGCCACAUCAGAUGCUAUUAAGCUUGCAAGGGAAGUAGAUCCAUCAGGUGAGCGAACAUUUGGAGUGCUGACAAAACUGGAUCUGAUGGAUAAAGGAACUAAUGCGCUUGAUGUUUUGGAAGGAAGAUCUUAUCGAUUACAACAUCCUUGGGUGGGUGUUGUCAAUCGUUCACAGGCAGAUAUUAACAGGAGUGUUGAUAUGAUUGCUGCCAGGCGAAAUGAGCGCGAGUACUUUGCUACAAGUCCUGACUAUGGGCACUUGGCAAGUAAAAUGGGAUCUGAAUAUCUUGCAAAACUUCUCUCAAAGCAAUUGGAAGCUGUAAUUAAGGCAAGGAUUCCAAGUAUCACCUCAUUGAUUAACAAAACCAUUGAUGAAUUUGAAUCUGAGCUGGAUCACCUUGGAAGACCUAUUGCAGUUGAUUCAGGGGCCCGGCUGUACUCCAUCUUGGAUCUUUGCCGUGCCUUUUUCCGGAUAUUCAAAGAACACUUAGAUGGAGGCCGAUCAGGAGGUGAUCGAAUAUAUGGAGUAUUUGACAAUCAGCUACCAGCGGCUUUGAGAAAGCUUCCAUUUGAUCGAUAUCUAUCACUGCAGAAUGUUAGAAAGAUAGUUUCAGAAGCUGAUGGUUAUCAACCACAUUUGAUUGCUCCAGAGCAAGGUUAUAGACGACUUAUUGAGGGAUCGUUGAGUUAUUUGAGAGGACCUGCUGAAGCUUCUGUGGAUGCUGUACAUCUUGUCCUGAGGGAUCUUGUGAGCAAGUCAAUUGGAGAGUGCCAAGAAUUGAAACGGUUUCCAAGUCUGCAAUCAGCUAUAGCAGCAGCAGCAAAUGAAGCUUUGGAAAAGUACCGCGAGGAAAGCAAGAAAACAGUCAUUAGAUUGGUUGACAUGGAAGCUUCGUAUGUAACUGUUGAGUUCUUCAGGAAACUCCCCCAGGAGAUCGAAAGAUCAGGAAACCCCGCAGCAAGCCAGCCAGCUGGGAAAGUUGAUCGAGCAGGAAGACCCGCGGUGAACCACCCGGGAAGGGAUUCCCAAGAAAACGCAAACGCACCACCCGCCUUAAAUAUUGAUCGUCAUUCAGACGCACACUUCAGGAGGAUAGCGUCCAACGUAUCAUCCUAUGUGCAUAUGGUAUCUGAUACACUGAGGAACACAAUUCCGAAGGCCGUGGUUUACUGUCAAGUUAAGGAAGCCAAACAGAGCUUACUGAAUAACUUCUACCUGCAGAUUGGGAAGAAAGAGGGUGAACAGCUUGGUGAGUUUCUGGAUGAAGAUCCGGCUUUGAUGGAGAAGAGACAGCAGUAUGCAAAGAGGCUGGAACUGUACAAAAAGGCUAGAGAAGAAAUAGACUCAGUAUCAUGGACUCAAUCGAAUUGACGUAUCCAGGUAAGAGAUAUUUUGUUGGUUAAUAUUGUCCAAACUUGAUCAAGCACAGCAGUAGUAGUAUUUGUUAAUUGAACAACAAGUGGCUUCAAAUUCAUGCUAUGCAUAUUUUGGCCCGAUACAAGGUUUUGUCACACGUAUUCAGUGUAUUUCUUGUGUAAAUCUGAGCCUCAAUAUAUUUCCGGAA